AAUAUAAAUUUUAUAUUAAUAGGUAAAAUCAAUGAAGAAGAAUCCAGAAAAAUAUGAAAAAGAAGAAGGAAGACAUUCACAAAAUAUACAUAAUAGCCGUGGUUCAAUAUUAUCAGGAUCUUCAAGACAUAGUCUUCAUCCUCUUAGAAAAAGUACUUCACAUAGUAGCAUAUGUGACAAUGGCUCAGAUAUAUAUGUUACAAGUGCUGCAUAUAGAGCAACUUCAGAUAUAAGCCAUGUAUCGCAUCACAGUUUAACACCAAGUUCAAGAUUAGGACAUCGUGCACCUAGUCAUUGUAGUUAUGGUUCUACAAAAUCUCAUACAUCCAGAAAAAAUGGUAUUAUUAUAGAAACUAUGUCAACACCCAAUCCUUUUUGUCCAAAUACUAAAGGAAUUUGCUGUCUCAUGUUACUUCUUAAUCUUGGUUUGAUUCUUGUUACAUUAGGUUUUGUUAUAGUCAUUCAAUUUUUUCAACCAUUGAUAGUUUGGAUUUUGGGAAUAGUAUUUCUUGUGUUUGGAUUCUUAACAUUAAUAGGAAGCCUUAUAUAUUGUGUACAUGUAUUUCGAAAUGCAAAACAUCCACAUGAUAUUAAUCCAGAAGAUUUUUAUUGGACAAAAUAUUGGCAAGGACAUGUAGGAUCCACACCUGAAGUAUAUUAUAAAGCAGAAGAUAAAUAUCAUGAUGAUGGAUAUAGUGAUCGUUUAAGCAAAUAUUCAUGUAAAUAUUAUGAUAAACAAAGAUAUUGAAAACAAUAUAUAUAAU